AUGGCGGCGACUUUUCGCUCCGUCAACUCAUCACAACCACCGCCUCCCGACAUGGCCGAGGCGGAAUCCAAAGUGACGUCUCCGACGACGCCCCGACCCAGCACAGCCCCGCAGUACCUGCCGCCCCCGAAGCAGACCGCCAUGGACGAUGCGACGACCCCAACGAGAGCCACGUUUGGUGCCGGCACGAUGGCCCAACAAAAACCACUCCCGUCGUCGCCAUUUCCCGAGGGCAUCCAGGUGCCAGAGGAUACCGCUGAGAGCAAGCCAUCAUCCAGGGAGGCCUCGCACCAACCAAAGAGAUCACGGGAUUCUGCCGAGAUGGACCUCGACGAGUCGGAGGACAAGGACACGCCGGGUGGUGACGACGAUGCGGAGUCGGAUGACGAGGACAGCGUGAAUGCUGACGGGACCCGGUCGAGCAAGAAGAAGAAAUCCCAACGCUUUUACUGCACCGACUAUCCUCCAUGCAACCUGAGUUUCACGAGAAGCGAACAUUUGGCGAGACACAUCAGAAAACACACUGGCGAACGCCCAUUUCAAUGUCACUGCUCGAGGCGUUUCUCCCGCCUCGACAAUCUCCGACAGCACGCCCAGACUGUACACGUGAACGAGGACAUCCCCAUGGACUCGUUGGCCGCAACUGGGACGAGGUUCCAGAGACAGAUUCGGACUGACCGGGUGCGUCAGGGUACCGGAAGAGCAAGGGCCUCGACGGCUGGGAGCAUAGGCGCACCGGCUCGGGGGCAUUCAAAGUCACUCUCAACGUCCAGCAUCACAAGUAUCAGCUCCAUCGGCUCGAAUUACAGCUCGAGGGACGACGUUCGAAGGCGGCCGCCUCCUCUCGUCAUGGCUACUGAUCCUCAGGCCCGGCUCUCCAUCGAGUCCUACCGCAGCGCUGGCUCUAGCCAUUUUCCUUUCCGUCAGCCGUCGCCGAGUGAGUUUGGCACCCCGACGUCGUCAACCUUCUCUACAGGCCAGAACAGCCCGAGAUGGGGCUCUGUGGUCGGCUCACCUGCCACAUCAUACUCUCGCAGCCAUGCCAUGUACCCGUCUGGCUCUCGCACCCCUGGCCGGCGGCUCAGUGUACCAUCGGGUGUGAACCCUUUUCAGUCUCCUCAUGGGUCUGGUAAUCUUGGCCGGCCGCUCUUUGUGCCUGGAUCUCAGAAUGCUUCGAAUUCCGCGGCGCUUGGUUCUCCGAGUGCGAGCUUGCUUGCCUCGCCCACGACCUCGACCUCUGGGUGGUCGCGACGCGACUCGACCAACAGCAUUGCUGACGAGGCUUGGCGCAGGAGGACCUGGCACCCCGACAGCAGCAACUUCGCCACCCCGGGAAGCCGACUCAGCCAAGUCAUCACGUCGUCGCAACUCGACCCUCCUCCCGAGCCUUUGCCUGCUGUUGUCAACAACGGUCCUCAACAGCAGAACAUCCGUCUUCCCGGAAUCGAGUCUUUUGAUCCCAUCCCCCGUCGACCGUCCUCGCCUGCGAGGAGGGCUCCUUCUCCCAUGAUGGUCGAUUCUGAGGGCGCGAACCCGCCCUCUCUUCUGCCGUCUGCCAACAUCUCUACCGAGAGACAAGGCCUGCCGCAGUGGGAGAUGGGUCUCCACCGUGGACUGAAUCGACUGGAGAUCAACAACACGACCCCUCCACGAGACGGGGCUGGCGCCUGGGCGAGCGAGGUCCAGCAGGCCAUGCAGUCCCGGGCUGAGGGCCCUCGACCAUACCAACCCACCGUGCGUUUCGAGACUCAACCACAGGUUGUGCACCCGCCACCUGUUCCGUCUGCUGCUGGGCACCCGAGGGGCCAUCAGCAUACGAUGUCGGCUCCUUUGAUCUCCGCCAACCGAGAGGCUAAGCGCCAUGGCUGGUACAAUGGACCGGUCACGGUCCAUGAAGACAGGGUUCUGGAGGGACGACCGCAUGUCGAUCGCAUCGCGCACCCCAACCUGCAUGCCUUCCCCGGCUUCCCUGCCCGGGAUCAACAGCCACCGCAAUACAGCUCUCAGGCGACGAACCCGGACUCCCUGAGGCGGCUCGAGGCUCUCGUUGCGGUCGCCACGAGCGAGUCAUCUACUGCGACGGCAUGUUAG